AUGGCCACGGCGGCGGUAGCAGCGGCGGCUCGUGGAGCCGGUGCAAAGGCAGUGACGGCCCUGCGGGAUGGCUGCCGGACUGCGACCCGGGGGCGGUCGCGCGCGGGCCCCGCACGGCCCUUGUGCACAGCACCUGGGACCGCCCCGGACAUGAAGCGCUACCUAUGGGAGCGCUACCGGGAGGCGAAGAGGAGCACGGAAGAACUGGUUCCUUCAAUUAUGAGCAACUUGUUAAACCCAGAUGCCAUCUUCUCAAACAAUGAGAUGAGCCUGUCAGACAUUGAAAUUUACGGCUUUGAUUAUGACUAUACCUUGGUGUUCUAUUCAAAACACCUUCACACACUGAUAUUUAAUGCUGCUCGGGACCUUCUCAUCAACGAACACCGGUAUCCCGUGGAAAUCAGGAAGUAUGACUAUGACCCAAACUUUGCAAUUCGUGGACUGCAUUAUGACGUGCAGCGGGCGGUCUUGAUGAAGAUUGAUGCUUUUCAUUAUAUCCAGCUGGGAACGGUCUACAGAGGCCUCAGUGUGGUCCCCGAUGAGGAGGUCAUUGAAAUGUACGAGGGCUCCCACGUGCCUUUGGAGCAGAUGAGCGACUUUUAUGGGAAGAGUUCCGGGAACACCAUGAAGCAGUUCAUGGACAUCUUCUCCCUGCCUGAGAUGACCCUGCUGUCCUGUGUGAACGAGCACUUCCUGAAGAACAGCAUCGACUAUGAACCCGUGCACCUGUACAAAGACGUCAAGGAUUCAAUUCGGGAUGUGCACACCAAAGGAAUCAUGUACAGAGCAAUUGAAGCAGAUAUUGAAAAGUACAUCUGCUACGCUGAGCAGACCCGUGCGGUGUUGGCCAAGCUGGCUGAUCAUGGCAAGAAGAUGUUUCUUAUUACCAACAGCCCCAGUAGCUUUGUGGACAAAGGGAUGAGGUAUAUUGUUGGAAAAGACUGGAGAGACCUGUUUGAUGUGGUCAUCGUUCAGGCUGAGAAGCCAAACUUCUUUAAUGAUAAGCGGAGACCUUUCCGAAAGGUGAAUGAGAAAGGUGUCUUACUCUGGGAUAAAAUCUACAAGCUGCAGAAAGGCCAGAUUUACAAGCAGGGCAAUUUGUAUGAAUUUUUGAAGCUUACUGGAUGGAGGGGCUCCAAAGUGUUGUAUUUUGGUGACCAUAUAUAUAGUGACCUGGCGGACUUGACCCUGAAGCAUGGCUGGCGAACGGGUGCAAUUAUCCCAGAAUUAAGAUCCGAGCUCAAAAUCAUGAACACGGAGCAGUACAUUCAAACUAUGACCUGGCUACAGACCCUGACAGGAUUAUUGGAGCAGAUGCAGGUUCACAGAGAUGUGGAGUCACAGCUGGUUUUGCAGGAGUGGAAGAAGGAGAGGAAGGAGAUGAGGGAAAUGACCAAAGGUUUCUUCAAUGCCCAGUUUGGGAGCUUGUUCCGCACAGACCAGAACCCCACGUACUUCCUGCGGCGCCUGUCGCGGUUUGCCGACAUCUACAUGGCGUCCCUGAGCUGCCUGCUGAACUACGACGUCAGCCACACCUUCUACCCCCGGCGGACCCCACUGCAGCACGAGCUGCCCGCCUGGUCCGACCGGCCCCCGGCCGCCCGGCUGCCGCUGCUGCAGGAGGCCCAGGCCAAGUAA